UACCUCUCAUACAUUCAUCCAUUCAACAAAUUAAGCGCAAGCAGCUAAAGCAGUAUCAGUCUUAACACACAGACACGGAGACACACAGACACAGAGACACACACACACACACAGAUCAGUCCAGCUAGUUGGAGAUGGCCGGAGGAGAUGACCUGAAGCUGCUCGGCGCAUGGCCAAGCCCGUUCGUUACCAGAGUGAAGCUCGCGCUCGCCUUGAAGGGCCUGAGCUACGAGGACGUGGAGGAGAACCUGUCCAACAAGAGCGAGCUCCUCCUCAAGUCCAACCCGGUGCACAAGAAGAUACCCGUGCUCAUCCACAACGGCUCCCCGGUAUGCGAGUCCAUGAUCAUCGUGCAGUACAUCGACGACGUCUUCGCCAGCACCGGCCCGUCCCUUCUCUCCGAGGACCCCUACGAACGCGCCGUGGCUCGCUUCUGGGUGGCCUACGUUGACGACAAGCUGGUAGCCCCAUGGAGGCAGUCGUUGAGGGGCAAGACAGAGGAGGAGAAAUCCGAGGGAAAGAAGCAGACGUUCGCCGCGGUGGAGGUCCUCGAAGGGGCCCUCAGGGAGUGCUCCAAGGGAGGGGACUUCUUCGGCGGGGACGGCGUCGGGCUCGUCGACGUUGCGCUGGGAGGUCUGCUCUCGUGGAUGAAGGUGACCGAUGUGCUUUCCGGUGACAAGAUCUUCGACGCCGUCAAGACUCCGCUCCUGGCCGCGUGGGUGGAGCGCUUCAGCGCGAUCGACGCGGCAAAGGCGGCCUUGCCGGAUGUGGGCAGGCUGGUUGAGUUCGCCAAGGCACGAGAGGCUGCCGCUGCAGCGUCUAAGUGAGCCAGCAGAUAUCCAGAAUAAUUAAAAUUUGUUAUUUUUAAAUGUUGUUUGUUUGGCUGCUGGAUGUAAUAAUAAUGUUAGAGUAACGUUUUACUGAUGUACGCCCUCCGUUCCUAAAUAUAAGUAUGUUAAACGAUUUCA